GCUCGGGAACUUGCCCUUGGUGCGCCUGUCGACAGCUCAGCUGCCGAACCAGCCCCUGGUCCUGCCUCUACCCCAGCCGGUUAGGUAGGACUUCCCGGGUACUCGGCGCCUGCUUCUCUGACUUUUUGCAGAUCUCGUCGGCGGGAGCACAGUCUUUAGUUCGCAGGGUCACAGAAACAGCAGCAUCGCUCAUUCUCAACCACGCCGGGUUUGCACCUGCCACGCUGGACUCAAAAUGCCCUUCCCAGGCGCUCGAAAUUGCUGUCCAGGACCGUGCCCUCCUGCUACCCCGCCGAGGAUUCUCUGUUGGGAAAAAUUGUGGUAGCUGUGGACUUGGCCUAAUGCAGCCAUCCAAACCUACGGAUAUAAAAGCUAUGAUAUGUCAAGAUUUGGAACAAGCAGAAAGCCAUAGGAAAUAAAAAUGGAAAAUUUGAAGGUGACCCAGAAUUAAUAUGGACAAGUAGUUUUUUUGUUAGGUUUGUUUUUUUUUGAGACACUGUCUCUCUGUAUGGUCUAAGCUGGCCUCGAACUCACUGUGUAGCAUAGGCUUGCACCAGUCCUCCUUUGUCAGCCUCCUGAGUGCUAGGAUUACAGGCCUGUGUAAAACUUGAUCAUCCUGAGGAACAAAUCUAUAAAUUCACUGAUUAUGUUUUGAAGACUAUCUCUAGAUUUUUGGAAAUUAAAGAUUCAUUAUAUUCCUAUAUCAAAUAUGACUGAUUUCUAUGUACAAUAAUGAUUUCUAUGCUUUUUGAGAACAAACUCCAUUUUUAAUUUUCCUUUUUCUUUUUCAUAAUGUGUCAGGUAUUGUUGAAAAUACUAUCUGCUCACCAAGUCCAUUUAUGGUUCUUCUCCUUCUUCAGCAAAAGUUAUAUUAAUAUUUUCCAGCCUCCCCUGCAGUUGGAUGUAGCCUUUAGGUUUAGUCCCUUAAAACCAACAAACAACAAUAAAAACUUCCGCAAGCUAUG